AAGUUCAGAUUUUAGCAUGGCGCAUAGGUUGCUGAGGGAUCAUGAAGCAGAUGGGUGGGAACGAUCUGACUUUCCUAUUAUCUGCGAAUCAUGCCUCGGUGACAACCCAUAUGUUCGUAUGACGAGAGCUGACUAUGAUAAGGAGUGUAAAAUUUGUACACGGCCAUUUACUGUUUUUAGAUGGAGACCUGGUCGAGAUGCAAGAUAUAAGAAAACUGAAAUCUGCCAAACAUGUAGUAAAUAAAACGUUUGUCAAAUCUGCCUUCUAGAUCUUGAGGAUGGGUUACCACUACUAGUCCGAGAUACGGCUCUCAGUAUCAGUUCCCAUGACGCUAUUCCCAAGAGUGAUGUUAAUCGGGAGUAUUUUGCUGAAGAGCACGAUCGCAAGGCAUGAUUAUUUCACUACCAUAUCGUAUAUUUGAUGAUACUUGCCCAUAAUUUUAGAGAAUGUUACACUGGUGUUCUACAAGAUAGAAAUUGUUUCAUCCUCUUCCCAUCAUCGUAAGUGUCUUUCUUUUUUGAUGAAGAUUUUAGAUUCUCUUCCAGUUAUGUACUAACUUUCUUGGCUAUAUAUAUGUCUGCGUGUGUGUGGCAGAAUCACAAACUGGUGCUGCUGCUGCUUCUUCUCCAAUACUAGAGAUUGGUGAGAUUUUCCAACUUGUGGAAUUGAAGGGUGGAGAACGAGCUUUACUAGCCAAAGCACUUGAGCUAUAUCCUCAACUAAGGCUGUCCCGUGGACAACGUACUCACCCAAUAAUAGCUUUUUCCUACGGAGUCCUUGUUGAUAUUUUAGUCUUGCUGGCUACCAAAACAACUUGUACCAUUACAGCAUCAGAUAGAACUGCCCUAGAGGCGAACUUAGGUGCUGCAACUUUUCUUGGGUUUGACGAGGAUUGGAU